GUUUUUAGUCUUUUCUAAAAAAGCAUGAAUAACUCCACAGUCGAUAUCUCUUUCUACUAAGUAGUGAGUUUUAACUUUAGGCUUGUCCAAGUAUUUCUUUAUGCUGAAUUCAUUCUCGCAUUGAUCGACGUACUUCGUUUCACUUCCACCCCGUCUACCUUAACAGAAAUCUUCGGUAUCGACAAAUUCAAUUAACUGAUACAAAAAGACGCAAGAAUCAUGAAGCGUACCGGUAGUAUACCUCCUGUGCCUUUCGUGCGGUCCACCGGAAAUAGGGACUCGCCUGUCAGACUAGUGGGCGGUCCGCCACCUCGUGUAUCCGUGAGCAUGUUUUCAUUGCUUGUUGGUGGCACAGUUUCCUACCUCCUGGAACAGGUGGAAGACACGCAACAACUUGAACAGAGGCUAGCGGACCUAGGCAGGCGCAUUGGUUUUCGAAUAUACGAUCUAUACUUUAUGGCUCGAAGAAGUGCUUUCAUCUGAAAUUCCUCUUAGUCGAGUUUAAAUUUUAGGAUCGGGGAAACUGGUCAUCCAUAUCCACCUGGUCCUACAGCUGCUACUAGAUGUUGUACCAAUCUGCAGGGAUGGAAAAAGUCGUUCACCUCCCUAGCUUCUUUUCAUCAGCGUAAGUAGGAAAAAGCGACCAAGACCACAAUGUCAAUCUUCUCUGUUUGCUCUAAGCAGUGUAUCAGACACGGUGUGGCCCAGCCUGUGAAGAUAAUACCAUUCUUGCAGUUUGUUGCAGACCGCGUCUGGACACGACUUUUCGGCCACGCAGCAGAGGUUCUGCGCGGUGGUGAAAACGAGUACCAGUUGGCCGAUAACAAAGGGAACCUGUUUCAUCGGGUAAUCAUGCUUACAUUACUCGGACAUCCAUCAAGUUUUUGAUCUCAAUCUAUGCAUCAUGAUCAUCUGGGAAACGGUAAGGACAGGGAAACUACAUGCUUAUACUGCUCAAACAAAACAUGUACACGAUCAAAUUCUCCUCUACUUUUCCACGUGAGCACGCAGUCGGAGGUGAGUUCUGCAUGAACAGGAUGAUCAAACUUAUCUUGUUCAUGUCAGGUCGUCUCUACAACCGAAUGCAACUUGGGUUCCUAUGCAGCAGGAAUGGUCCAUGGGAUGCUGAUAAUGGCUGGUUUUAGCGGCAGGGUAACAGCGCACCACACCAAUCUCAACAACGUGCUAAAUCGUGGCCUGAUUCUCGUCAUCGAACUUGAUAACGAUCGAUGACACUGAAUCCACCCCAAUACUGAGAUUAUAGUAUCAAAGGUGACGGUUGAGGAGCAGGAGCUGCGAACACAUUAUUUAAUGGACAUGAUAGUCAAAUCAUAUCUUCAUAUUCAAGAUGAAUGAAAAUUAAGGCUGGCCUUGGGCGCACUCCCUUGAUUUUUAAUCCAACUCCCUCGUCUGCAUCCGAGUUGAUGUUCGGGACAGGGACGAAGAAGAUUAUGCACGGCACAUGAAAUUGAAAAAUGCACAUCACCUGCGAUGCUCAUGGGUCUGCUUCUGAUGUCCAAGGGUUGACUGAGUCGCAUGACGAUCACUGAGAUCCAAUUGUCAUGAUUUUCCUGAUUAAUGAUCCUGGAGCUUUUUUUGGGGAAUGCCAAUAUAGGUAUAGUAUAUAUUUAUAAUAUGCAUGAAGUUUUAUACUAAGUAAUGCAGAAGCUAAUUUUGGAUUUGAUAAUUAUGGGCUUCAUUUUCACAAUCCCUAG